UCUAAACUGCACACAGCCCAGAGAGUGGAAAGUUUUUUUGUUGUUGUUUUUUUCAACUUUCCCAUGAACGUAUUUGACAGCUCGCUGUCCCUGUCCGUGCAGGAUCCCAGCAGAAACCCGGGCUGGGGCUGUGCUUCCUGUCUCAAAGGAGGCUUGCCAGGAGCACGAGGGAUUUACCAACCGCCACCUUUCACUCCCUGUCCCUUACCGUGUCCCGCCGAGGGCCAUGUGCAGUGGCAAGCUGCAGACAGGCUUGCUGGUGGCUGGCUACUUCAUCUACUUGCUGGUGGGCGCAGCCGUGUUCCAGGCGCUGGAGAGGACUGCCGAGAAGGAGCAGAAAAUGGCAGCUGCCCAGAUGAAGGAGGCUUUUCUGCAGAACUUCACCCACCUCACGGUGGCGGAGAUGGAGCAGUUUAUGAAGGCUAUGGCACGCUACGUCCUAAAACUGCUGGGGGCCAGAUCUUCUGUGUCUUUUUUGCUCUGUUUGGAAUCCCUCUGAAUAUUGUUUUUCUGCACCGUGUCGGUAAGAUGCUCUCACUGCUGUGUAAAAAGCUGGGGAAAUUCCUGUACGAGAAAGGAAUGAGAAAGAAGAAGAUCAAAUUUCUGACCCUUUUGUUCUUCCUGGUGACGGGGAUCCUAGUGUUUCUGUGUUUGCCAUCACUCUUCUUCCAGAUAACAGAGGGCUGGUCCUACAGUGAAGGAAUUUACUUUGCAUUUAUCACCCUCAGCACCAUUGGCUUUGGUGAUUAUGUAGUAGGAAAACAACCUAACAGGAAUUAUUUUUCCUACUACCGAACAGUGGUGGCCAUUUGGAUUCUUUUUGGUCUUGCCUGGAUUGCUCUCCUGUUUAAUUUAUUAACAACGAUACUGGAAGAUACUGAAAAAAUAAUUGCCAAGGAUCUCCAUCAAAUGGGAAAGGUGAAUAGAGACAGUGAAGCAAGUCAACAAAGAAGAUGUUGGCAUGCUCAGUUUAUUCCAGAAGAAGAACUACAACUACCACAUGCUGGAGGAGAAGCACAGAAGAUGGAGUCAUUAACAGCAGGCUCUGAACACCCAAAAAAAUGAAAAAAAAGUUUUUUCUUAUAGCAAAAAUAUUUCCACAACUUACGGGGAUUGAAUUCUUCAUUGGAGAUUUGCUAGUGCAUUAUUCUAAAGAAGUUCCCAUGGAAAUAACCUUUCUCCUGCCUUUUGCUGAGACAUGACCUUUCAGAACGCAAGAUUUCAAGUUACACAAACCCAGACUAUUAAUGGUAAGAAAUUUGCUCCUCAGUUUGCCCCCAGGUUGUGCUAACAACCUGACAAGUGCACUGGUUUUGCAAGGCUUCUUUAAGGUUCUUCCACAAAGACGCAGAGGUGGCGUGUGGUAGAGCUUGCUGGUUCUGUUUGGAUUUUGCUGCUUGCAAAAAAUCACGUCUGUUCUGAGAACUGACAUGCACAAGCUUUUCUGAGGCAUUGCAUAGCACCUUUGGAGAAAGAAAUAAAGGGAUAUAACUUAAUAAUGCCUAAUUUGAGCUGUCAUAUUGAAUAAGCCUGCAGGACUUGAAAGACACAUUUGAAAGGCAGGACCUGGGCUCAGUUAAGGGGCCCAAGAGGCAUCUAAUGGACAACGUUAAAAAAGGGUUAGCUGUGUUAGAAAUGGUUUAUUCUACCUCUUCCUGUUUUAUACAAAGAUGAAUAAAGCCAAUUUCACCUCC